UGGGACGAGAUGGCCCAAUGUAGUGACAAGGCUCCGUGCCCCACUGAAUGUGACCCCAAGCUCCAGUCAACAGGUAACACCAACUGGGAUUCCUAUGCUACCACCAUGAAGACAGCAUUCACACCUAAAGCAGGAGCAGUGGCCAAUUUAAUACGUCCAAAGAGCACCAGAAGAUUGGGAUACACCUACUCACUUGGUGAUCCUAUUCUGAAUCAGACACUUUACAAUGACGAAUAUUCUUGGAAAACAUACGCGAAAGAAAAAAUGAUAAAAAGUGGGACUUCAAGAGGAGUAAGGACCCAUAAAGCACAUCUUGGUCAAGAAUUCUUUCAGUGGACACUCCCCAAAGGGAAACCAACCCACACCCUCCCCUGGAUAGUCCCUCCGUCCAUGGAAAAAGUCCGGGAGGCGAUAGCAAAUCAAUUUGUUUCCCAUACCAAGAGGGACUUCGUGGAUGUGACUCAAGCUAAGAAGACCAUGAAAUCUUUUCCCAUGUCCCGGGACUGGAAAGAACUCCUUCCUCGACCUCUGGACACCGAAUUCCGGCACCAUUACCAAAUUCCAGCUAAGAUUCCUGAACUGCAGGAUUUUAGUUUCAAAUAUGGAUGCUACUCGAGCCUGCCUGUUGCUUCCCAGGGUCUAGUGCCCUCUGUGCUGCGUAGCUACAUACGGAACCAGGAACGCACGAAGAAUCAGACCACGUAUGAGAGUGACUAUGGAAAAGACUGCCUGGACUUCUUGAUGAUCUUAGACUCGUUCUCCCCCUCCCAAAUCCACAAGUAUCUGCAAAGUGUUUCCUACAAAGACAGACAAAUUCUCGAUCGCUUCAUCCAUUCUCACUGUGAUAUUGGUGAGGGGAAAAAUGGGAAAGGGAAACGGAGCCGCGGGAAGAGACCCUGAGAUCAACGGAGGCGCCCAGCACCCGCCUCAGCCCAGCCCACCUCAGCCCGGUUGCUUCCUAAAGGUCAAGGACAAAUAAGUGAAAUUACUCCAAAUAGAUUGUGGUACUGUGGAAAUGUACGUGCUUCUGUGUUCCAGGUUUAAGUGAAAUCAGCUAACGUUACAAAUUAUGCCCAGCACACAGCUUUGCCUGUGUCUCGUAGAGUUUUGGUGGCACAUGCUUUCUUCUUUUUAUUUAUUUAUUUUUAUUGUUUUUGGUUUCAAUUUUUGAGUUCCUCUCCAGAGAAGUUUCAACUUCCCAGUAAUAAAAAUAUUUUAAAGAUAUUUCCAAUGUUGGUCUUUGUUUUGGAUGCUGUAAAAAAAACAAUCUCCACUUUGGGGACUUCUUCAAAGUUUCGCUGCAUGUUUUAAUCUAGAAUAUGAUUAUACCUUACAACAAUUUAUGAGAAAAAUUCAUUUAUAUACUUCUGAAGUCCUUCUUACUGUUGCCUUACUAUAUUUUGAACUGUCAAGUUCUGAAAAAAAAUGU